GCUUCCAAUGUUCAUCUAAGGCUUCAUUAUUAACUGUCGCCACUUUUGAUUUAAAAAGCCCAGCAAUUUCAUUCUUCGAUUCACAUCUGGCUUCCAUUGCAACGUCUCAUUCUUCUUCUAUUUUCGCUGUUCGGAGAGUUUGUCGAACUUUCAUGGCUUCCAUUGCUGGAUCAAACUGUGUUGCUUUCAAAACCCCCGUCGUUUCGCCCAAGUUCGGAGGCUUUUCUAACAGGAAAGUCGCUCAUCUUCAUGUGAACCACCUCCGUCCCCUUUCGGGAAUUCACUGCAGAUCCAACAGUUCAUUCGGAUCCUCUGCUAUAAGAGCUCAGGUUGCCACUCUUGAAGAAGCUGGCACUGGAACUGCCCAAAAUGUUGAAACACCUGUUGUGGUAGUGACUGGAGCCUCCAGAGGUAUUGGUCGAGCAAUUGCAUUGUCUUUGGGUAAAGCUGGUUGCAAGGUCCUUAUUAAUUAUGCAAGAUCAUCCAAAGAGGCAGAGGAGGUGUCCAAGCAGAUUGAGGAGUAUGGUGGACAAGCUCUUACAUUUGGGGGAGAUGUUUCUAAUGAGGCUGAUGUGGAGGCUAUGAUUAAAACGGCAGUUGAUGCUUGGGGAACUGUUGAUGUGUUGGUAAACAAUGCGGGAAUAACUAGGGAUGGUUUGUUAAUGAGAAUGAAGAAAUCUCAGUGGCAGGAAGUUAUUGAUCUCAAUCUCACUGGUGUUUUUCUUUGUACCCAGGCAGCUGCUAAAAUUAUGAUGAAGAAAAAGAAGGGAAGGAUAAUCAACAUUGCAUCGGUUGUUGGUCUAGUUGGCAAUGUUGGACAAGCCAAUUAUAGUGCUGCAAAGGCAGGAGUAAUUGGCCUGACGAAAACUGUUGCAAGGGAAUAUGCAAGCAGAAAUAUCAAUGUCAACGCUGUUGCUCCAGGGUUUAUUGCAUCGGACAUGACUGCCAAGCUUGGAGAGGACAUCGAGAAAAUUUUGGAGUCAAUCCCCUUAGGAAGAUAUGGACAACCAGAAGAAGUAGCUGGACUGGUGGAAUUCUUGGCUCUUAAUCCUGCUGCCAGUUACAUCACUGGACAGGUGUUAACUAUUGAUGGAGGAAUGGUGAUGUAAACCAGCAGUCUCUCUUUCUGGGAAACAGAAUUUCUACACUUCAGUAUUCAUCCUGAUGGGCAUGGCGGAUCAAAAGGGCAGUUAAUUAUGUGGUGAUUGUUGCUCAAUCUAGGAAAACUCCGUGAUAUAGAACUAGGGUUCUAGUUGUGUUGUUUUGCUGAAGCAUAAGAGGACGCUUUUCAAUAGGCACUUUCGUAGGGUGCAUUUGGCAUCUUGUUGCAUUUUGGUAUUCGUUUAGUCAGUCAUGUUGAGGUUGAAUAGGUGUAACACUAAUAUUUUAUGCAAUUCAGCCACUUUGCGAGUUGGUUCCCUUCUUGGUGAUGCUUUGCUGAUUGCUAGGAAUUCGCUUAUUUUGCU